AUGCGCUCGAGUUUGACGCGCAAUGUGUACCAACGAAUGCUGGCCUGUCAUGGCCUGCCUUCUGCGCCAGCAUCGGUGAUCCCGAGCUCCUCCUCUCGCCCAACAAUAUGCCCUCAUCGUACGGUCGGCGGGCACCCGUCGCGCCGGACGUUCAUGAAAAUGAACCUCUUCAAGAAGCCCCCAAGAGAAGUCAAAGACAGCGUAUUCGAACCAGGUUUCGGUACUUUCGUCGAGUUUCGAGCUAGAUCCGUGGAAAACGUCCAACUUCCUUCCCGAGAAGAGCUGAUCGACGCAUUUCGAACCUUUUUUGACUACAAGGUGUCACGCAAAAAACCUCUCAACUCGACACAGGCUUUCUGCGCAAGACUGCUUGUCACGCAUCUGCAGGACACAACCAUUGGGCCCAGCCUGGCAAAGGAGGAUCUUCAAAAAGCCUUAUUCGCUGUUGCCCUGCCACCGGAGCGUGGCUCCUCGAAAGAGCACAUACAGUUUGCGACGCAAAUCUACCACGAAUUGAAUGUGAUCAAAUACUCCGGGCGACCAACCAACGAGAAAGACAGGUUCGAGAAACUGAAUUCGGACGACCUAGAACGCUAUAUAGUUGUACUGAUACGACAGAACGCUACGAAGACGGCAAUGGAUACUCUAUUGAGUUUCCAGGAUCUAUAUCCGCUCUUCGACCCCAAAAGAGUGAACCAACUAAAUGUGCUUCGCUACCUUGUUCUCAAAGGUCUUGCCAAAGAGGGCGACGAGGCGAAAUUGCGGGAAUUCGCGGACGAGCUUCUCGAGUCCGGCUAUGGCUACUCCCCCGACUUUCAUGCAACAAUGUCAUCUUUCUACGGUGGUAUCGAUACGAACGGUGAAGGCGACCUCCGAACUUGGUUCGAAAAGCCUAUUCAUGACAACAUGAGGCCCAGGCCCGAUGCCUAUAUGGCGCUGAUUAAAUUUUCGACCCGCACGAAAAGUGAACCGGAUUGGUUAAAGAAAGCUCUGCAAGAGCUUUGCGACUCUAACCCACCCAAGGCAUGGUGGGAUGUGAUCCUGACAUGGGCUGUCUACCAGGGCAGGGAUAUUGACCACAUAAGGCGCAUGAUCGAUGUCAUGGUCCAAUCCAACGAGCAGGAUGAGUCAGUCCGGCCAGACGCUCGCACCAUCAACGGUCUACUCACAGCAGCAAUCGAGCACGACAACCCUCUGUUUGCUGAGCGGAUCAAUAGUCUGGCUCUCGAGCUAGGACUGAGGCCGAACGCAAUCACCUACUCUCUGCUCUUGGAGGCACGAACAGCGGGCGAGGAUGCUGUCGGCGCAGCAUCGGCUUUUGAUGACCUGAUUCAUUGCACGCCUUUGAUCGGCCAUUCCAUCAAGAUAAUUAAUCAGUAUAUCAGACAACUAUGCUCUGCUAGUCCCCUGGACUAUAACCAAGUCCUCAACGUUUUGAGCCACGUCGAGAGACGGGAGGUAGAAUUGGAGCCCGACACCGUUGUUGGGCUAUGCUUGAUGUUCCUCAAGAACGACAAGGCUCACGAAGUGAUUGACACGCUCAGUCUUCACGUGAAGCAAUUCAGUAUGGAUGACCGGAAGGUUAUACUGAAUAGUCUGCUCAAGUAUUGUCUGGACCGCAGCGUAAGCACAGCGCGUGCAUGGGACUGCUACUCUCUGUUACGGCAAUUCUUCCCGGAGACGAGCCGAGAAGAGAGGAUAUCCCUCAUGGAGAGCUUUUUCGACCGCAAGCGUGCCGACAUGGCCUGUUACAUUUUUGGACACAUGCGCGCACACGCCAACGACGCUAUGCGGCCCGACCUUAACACCUACGUGACCUGCCUGGAGGGGCUGGGGGCUUGCCCGGACGCGGAGAGCGUGCAGAUGAUUCACAACAUGUUCAAAAUGGACACAAAAAUACAGCCGACGACGAGGCUCUAUAACGCGUUCAUGAUCGCAUACACCGCCUGUGAUGACCCUUCACAGGCAUUCGACUUCUGGCGGCAGAUCUCCAUGUCCACAGAAGGCCCGAGUUACCACAGCAUGAACAUAGUCUUCCGGGUAUGCCAGGUUCUGCCGUACGGCGAUGAGAAGGCCAAGAUCAUAUGGGAGAAGAUGCACAGGAUGGAGAUCGACAUUCCCAUCUAUGUCUAUUGCUCUUAUAUCGUCAUGAAUGCCGGCCAGGGACAUCUGGAUGAGGUCAAGGCGUUGUUGUCUGGCAUGAGGGCUGCCUGCGGCAAAGAGCCGGACUGGUACACGGUUGCCGAAAUCUUCAACGCCUUUCCAAAUGCAGAGCUGCAAAAACAGUAUCGCGAAUGGAUUGCGCAUGAGUUUCCUGAGAUUGGGAGACCAUUAUCCAAGACCACCAAGUUGAUAAAGACCAUCCGUGGCACGGACCGAGUACCACUUCAGGUGAGGAAAUUACGCGCAGCACAACGCAGCACCAGCACGCCUGAGGGCAUACCAAAAGGUGAACCAUGA